AUGGAGAUUCCAGCUACCACAGAAGACUACUAUACAAUCACAGAAUUUGACUAUGAGCAGUUCACCCCUUGCCAAAAGGCUUCUAUAAGAGCCUUUGGGGCUGGAUUUCUACUCCCUCUGUAUUCCCUGGUGUUCAUCAUUGGCAUGAUAGGCAAUAUCUUGGUGAUUCUGGUUCUCACGCAGUACAGGAGACUUCGAAGCAUGACCAGCAUCUACCUAUUCAACCUGGCCAUCUCUGAUCUGAUCUUCCUUUCCACUUUGCCUUUCUGGAUUGACUACACGUUAAAAGACAACUGGGUUUUUGGUGAUGCCAUGUGUAAACUCCUCUCUGGGUUUUAUUACCUGGGCCUAUACAGUGAGAUCUUCUUUAUCAUCCUGCUGACGAUUGACAGGUACCUGGCCAUUGUCCAUGCAGUGUUCGCUCUGCGAGCCCGGACUGUCACUUUUGGCAUUACCACAAGUAUCAUCACCUGGGCCCUAGCCAUCUUGGCCUCCAUCCCUGGCUUAUACUUUUUCAAAGCCCAGUGGGAGUUCACUCACCAUACCUGUAGCCCUCAUUACCCCUUCGAGAGCCUGAAACAGUGGAAGCAAUUUCAGGCUCUGAAGCUGAACCUCCUUGGAUUAAUUUUGCCUCUGUUAGUCAUGAUCAUCUGCUACACAGGAAUCAUCAGAAUUCUGCUCAGACGACCCAGUGAGAAGAAAGUCAAAGCCGUGCGUCUGAUAUUUGCCAUCACACUUCUCUUCUUCCUCCUCUGGACGCCCUAUAAUCUGACUGUCUUUGUUUCUGCUUUCCAAGAUGUUCUAUUCACCAAUCAGUGUGAGCAGAGCAAACAGCUGGACCUGGCCAUACAGGUGACAGAGGUGAUUGCCUACACCCACUGCUGCAUCAACCCAGUCAUUUAUGUCUUUGUGGGUGAACGGUUCCGGAAGUACCUCCGGCAGCUGUUUCAAAGGCUUGUGGUUGGACCCCUGGCAAAAUGGUUGCCCUCCCGUUUUGUGGACAAACCAGAAAGGGCCAGUUCUAUGUCUCCAUCCACAGGGGAGCAUGAGCUCUCUGCUGGCUUAUGAUUCCGACUCCUGGGUGUCAACCAAAGUCUAGGAGAGAGUGAGGAGAUAGUACAUGACUCCCCACGACAGAUACUGGCAGCUGUCACAAUGAGGGUUCACAAUUUUAUAGGGUCAGACGGAACUUAUAGGUGGUUCCGGUAUAAAUCAUUUCUUUAAC